UCUGUGGAAAAUGAAUCCCUCCUUUUUCUGCCCAGUUGCAUUGAUGCUGUUAACAAAAAUAUAUCCUUUCUUCAGUAUAUGGAUCAACCGAGAGAGUGCUCUAAUUCACUGAGCACCAUUUCCUAGGAUUCCAGUUUGCAAAGGCCUUCAUGCAGUCAGAAUCUGCUGUACAGUAUACUGUGUUAUACCAGUCUGGUUCCUUCUUGGCACAGCAGACACUAAGAAUCAGAGAACGAGGUUUUUCUGCCACCAGAUCACUAACCGAGACCUUCCUACUCUUCUCCUCAGUUUUUUGUUCUGCUUCCUUCAACAGUGGACACAUUCCUGCCAGGCUUUGUGCUGCCAUCUAAUUUGCACAGCAGGAUCUACAAGACUGAACAGAUGGCUGGCCUCAGUCAGGGCAAGAAGACCAUAACAUGUGCCAAGUGCUUGGCCUCAUUUCAGCCAAGCAGUGUUGUAUUUUUUUGUCCCCAUUGCAACAAGGGUCCCAUGUGCUCUGGUAGUGCUGUGUUAGGGACAUCUGACUUAUCAUCCAAUGGCAGUACAAGCUCCCAUGAUGACUCGUUGCCUCAUCAGUCAAAGGAACAAGUGUCAGUUGUAGCAGAGAUGCCAAAAUCAGAACAAGUAGAACCUUAUAGAAAAAUGCUCACCCAAGUGACUCGCAGCAGUAGUGCAGAAUCUAAAGUUCCUCACACACGAAUAGAUGAUGGAGCUGCUAUUCAGCAAAUCUAUUCUUUUGGAAGGAAACUAGGACAAGGCAGCUUUGGAGUGGUUAUUGAAGUGAGGCACAAGGAAACUGGCAAAAAAUGGGCAAUCAAAAAAGUGAACAGAGAAAAGGCUGGAAGUUCUGCUGUGAAGCUACUUGAAAGGGAGGUGAGCAUCUUAAAAAGAGUGAACCAUGAACAUAUAAUACAUUUAGAAGAAGUGUUUGAGACUCCAAAGCGGAUGUUCCUUGUUAUGGAGCUGUGUGAGGAUGGAGAACUUAAAGAAAUCCUUCACAGGAAAGGACACUUCACAGAGACUGAGACAAGGCACAUCAUUCAAAGCCUGGCAUCAGCAAUAGCAUAUCUUCACAAAAAAGACAUUGUUCAUAGAGAUCUGAAACUGGAAAACAUUUUAGUUAAAAGCACUGACAUCAAUGAAGCAAACGAGAUGAAAUUAAAUAUAAAGGUGACUGAUUUUGGUUUAGCUGUACAAAAGGCAGCUCGUAGUGAAACCAUGUUUCAGUCUACUUGUGGAACUCCUAUUUACAUGGCUCCAGAAGUUAUCAGUGCCCAUGACUAUAGCCAGCAGUGUGACAUUUGGAGCAUAGGCGUCAUUAUGUACAUGCUAUUAUGUGGUGAGCCACCUUUCAUAGCAACUUUAGAGGAAAAGCUCUUUGAACUAAUAAAGAAGGGAGAACUACAUUUUAACAAUCCAAUCUGGCAAACAGUUAGUGAAGCUGCUAAACAUGUGCUGCAACUGCUUCUGAGAGUAGAUCCUGCCCAUCGAAUCACAGCUCAUGAAUUACUGGAUAACCAGUGGAUAACAGGUGACACUCAUAUUGUCCAGAGGCCAUGUAAUGUCCUGGAGCUGAUGAAAGAAUGGAAGAACAACCUGGACAUUGGUGAAGUUUGCACUGUGGAAGAGCUGAAUAAUCCUCCUACCACAGCACACCAGGCUGAAAUGAAUGAAGAGCGAGAGAGUCCUGUUAGAAGCAAUGGCAUUUUAGAGCCUGGUGCCGAAACUGAAACAGAGAGUGGAAGCAGCAAACCCUCCAUGCCAACAAAACAGGUCAAUAAGAAAAAAAAUCACACAAGUGCUCUACCAAAUGGGACACUUAAAAAGAAAAGUAUGAUCCUCAAGCCUUCCAGUGCUACUCCUGCAGGUAGGUCAGUAUCUCCAGUGUCAAAUUUAAAGCGGAAUCAGGAUUGUCAAGAGAAGAAGGGGGAGACAGACAAGUCCUUUGUGUCUGCGAGCCAGGGAAAUAAGAAUGUACAAAAACCUACUGCCACACUCAGAACCAAAAAGAAAUCAUAGGGUAUCCAUCAGGUCUGAACAACAUACUAAUGGGGCAACUGUUGCUUGUGCCAAAAUGAGGAGACUGCAUAAAAAUGGACAAGUAUAUCUAGAACUGUUUGCCUUUUUGCCCUCCUGAACCUUGUAAUCAGCAGAGAGCUCUGGCUUUCCUUUAACACUGAAGAAAAUUUUAAAGCAGUGUGAACUCCUAACCUGUAAGAGGACAUCCACUAAUAGUAUUGUUGUCAGAGUAUGGAUUAUAGAAUUGUCUAAAAAUAUAUGUAAUUUAUUUGUUCUGAGCUAGCAAGCACCAUCCAGGUGAGCAGCUCCCUUAUAGAAAUCUACUUGCUAUGUUACUUAGAUGCUUUAGUUUUGUCACAAACAUUUAGUGGGGGAUAAUGAGGCCAGAAUCUAUAAUGGAAAUUCCUAAUAACUAUGUGCACUUUGCACUGUAAGAAUUUUCUAGGAAAUUGCUUUAUAAACUUGCUCUAGGCACAAGUACUUAUGUCUCCAGAAUUUUAGGUCACUGUAGAUUGCUUACAGAACUUGUUUUAAACUUGACAAAUGGAAGAUGUAUUUUUAAGUAUAAUGAAAUUACUGCGUUUCUUGCUGCUAAAAUUUUGGUGUGUUAAUUAAAUAUUUUAAAUAAAAACAGGUGUUAGAAUAAU